AUGUCUGCCAAAGACAAUCACAACAACACGCCGGGUCCCGUCAGGACUGCCCAGAAUACUCCUGAUAUCUCGACUCCAUCCUCCCCAACCGACAUUCGGCACCCUCUAUCGAGAGUUCAGUCGGUCUCUGAACAGCUCCCGAAGCAAGAUGAAGGGCUAUCAGAGAGCUUCCAGUCUACAGAUACAAUCAGACGGCGUCCCGAGCAACCACAGUCAUACGGUUCUAUUCUACACCAGACCCCUUCGCAUACCGGUACCUCAGAGCAUCGGCCAAGUGAAGCUUCCUCCCAGACCGGCGAACGACCACAGCCUCAAAGCUUGGAAUCAUCUCGAUCCCUUCAACCCACACGAUCACCUAUGCUAGGCCCUGAACGUGGUCGAGGAGGCCAACGACCCAAGAAACCCGGCAUGCCUCGUCGAGCAUCUUCCAAUGUGCAAGCACCACACCGUGGCCAGGAGUUCUCGGUGGACGACGAUGUUGCCGAGAUAGAGGAUGAUAUGGUUAGCAGCAGGCACAGUGCCACUGGAUUCGGGUCAACUAGACAUCAACCAGCAACCUUGAGGCGGCGCCCAAACGCCCAACCAAUGCUGUCGAGGGUCGACUCGUCCAGAGGUGGAGAGGAGGAGGCCGAGGCUGAACAGGAAGCUGGAAGUGUCACUGGUGAUACAGCUCCGACCGAUAAUGCCAGCGAAUCUGGAGCGGAAGAAACCAGACGAAAUCUAGACGAUGCAACCCCAGAUGAAGACGACGACGACGACGACGACUUGAGCGAUGCCGAGAGCUUUACUUUGAAGGAUCGCCAGGAGGCUAUAAACGAAACUCAUCCCUUCGGUAUACGUAUCUGGAAGCCUGCACUCUACAAGAAGAGCAGAUCCGUGCAGAAGACUGCCGAGGGCGAUAUCCACUCCUCGCCUGGGGGCCGAGUUAGCAAUUGGCUUCUCUUCUUCAAUAUAUUGUGGACUGUAUGGUUCGGAUGGUGGCUUGCUCUAAUUGCCUUUCUUGGGGCGGCAGUGUGCUUUGUAUUCGGUGCUGCACCCAGUGCCAUCGAGUAUGGCCGAGUGCUAUGGGGAGUUUCAGGAUAUUUGUUCUACCCCUUCGGGAAGUUCGUACGGCUGGAACAGGACGAAGCUUAUGCCGAGGAGGACGAGGGCGAGGGACGCAGUAUUACCGAGUACGAACAAUGGCAGAGUGGCGACAUUGAGGACGGUCGACUCUUCUUCGGUCCUCAAGGGAAUCGAUCGAUAGUGGGACGUUCGAGAAGAAGCCUCGAGUCCCUCGCCAGCGAAACCGACAGUCUCCUUGGCCGUUCUAUGCGGAGACCUACAAGAGAUGACUCCGAACGCCCCCUCAAGCGAAGACUUUUCGGCAGAGGGGAAUGGAACACCGGCCGUGUAAUUUUCUUCCUAUUCUUUUAUGGUCUCAUUACACCGUUCCUGUUCCUCGUGUCCGGCAUCUGUUGGUUCCUCGUCUUCUGGAUUCCAAUGGGUAAAGUUACGAUGCUUCUCUUCUACCACCUUCGACGCCAUCCACUGGCGCUCUCCUUCCAGUAUGACUCGGACUACUCACGUGGUGCUAUUCCCAACUCUUCUAUCUUACUCUGCACAUACCGCGCCGUAGGUAUCAAGUAUUGGAAGUAUACUGUUGAUGGAACGAACAUUUUCUUGAUCAACUUAAUGGCUGUUGUCUUGUUUGUCAUCUUUGACUACUGGGUGCUUGUGGAAGCCCUUGAAUGGGAAGGGUUGACAAUCACCGGUCCCGUGUUCCUUUUUACGGCGGCACUGGCAUCGAUCAUUCCACUGGCAUACUUCAUCGGGCAAGCAGUUGCGUCCAUAUCCGCUCAAUCAUCCAUGGGUCUUGGUGCGGCCAUCAAUGCUUUCUUCUCAACCCUGGUAGAGGUAUUCCUUUACUGUGUGGCACUGAAGCAAGGCAAGGGCCAACUCGUGGAAGGAAGCAUCAUCGGAAGCAUCUUCGCUGGUAUCCUCUUUCUCCCGGGCCUUUCCAUGUGCUUCGGAGCGAUCAAGCGGAAGACUCAGCGCUUCAAUGCCAAGUCGGCUGGUGUCACGUCUACGAUGCUUCUCUUCGCUGUCAUUGCCGCCUUUGGACCCACGCUUUUCUAUCAGAUAUAUGGCACUCAUGAGCUCAACUGUCUCAGCUGCAUGGAUAGUAAGGAUGCUCCUCCGGGCCGCGAUUGUCGUCGCUGCUAUUUCUCUCAAGUCACAGCGCUUAAUGACAGAUUCUACCUUGAGACUGUUCGGCCAUACUGCUGGUUCGCAGCUACUCUUCUAUUCCUUUCUUAUGUAAUCGGUUUGUGGUUUACCUUACGAACACAUGCAGCGGUUAUUUGGAACAAUGAAGUAGAUGAGAAGAAGGUACAAGAAAUCCAUCACGUAUCUGGUCAGCAGCAACCUCUUGGCGGCGCACCCCAUGGACGACUCCAGAGACACGGUAGCACACAGGGCAGCGCGGCAGAAGCCCAGGGAGCCGAGAUCCGAGAUUCGCAACUAUACAAACGAAUACUUGGGCAGUCCCUGAAACAAGUCGGUCUUGGUCCACGGGAUGGAAGCCGACACACCUCGAUGGCUGAGGGGACAUCUUUCGGUGGUAAUGGUAGUGCAUCUGCCCAGACCCUUCACCUUCCUCCGCCAAAGAGUAGUGGUGCGGAGAGUACCAGGUCCGAGGUUCAAAUCCCAGGCUUCACUGAGGCACAGAACACCAACCUGGUUCAUGAAGUUGCCGAAAUGGCAGCUACUGCUGCCACCAUCGCGGCCAGGAAUGCCACGAAAGCUCCCCGCAGAACGUCCCUUCUCGCUCAAACGCCUGUUCAGACCAAGCAGACAUCAAGAACUGGAAUUCCCAAUCCGGAGGUACCUAUCUUAGUAGAGCCCCAAGCAGGAGGUGGGCACGAUGCACCAAACUGGAGCAGAGCGAAGAGUUCUAUCAUUCUGUGCGGUGCCACCGUUUUGUAUGCUCUCAUUGCCGAAAUUUUAGUCAAUACCGUUGAUGUGGUAUUGACCAAUGUGGCCAUUGAUGAAAAGUUUCUUGGAAUUACGUUGUUUGCCCUCGUUCCAAACACAACUGAGUUUCUGAACGCUAUCUCAUUUGCCAUGAACGGAAAUAUUGCAUUAUCCAUGGAGAUCGGAUCGGCAUAUGCUCUUCAAGUCUGCCUGCUCCAGAUUCCUGCUCUGGUACUCUUCAGCGCUCUCAACGCUAGCACACUCAUUGGACCCGAGUAUACGUUCAGCCUCAUCUUCCCACAGUGGGACAUGGUAACGGUCAUCCUCUGUGUCUUCCUCCUCAGCUACAUGUACGGCGAAGGAAAGAGCAACUACUUCAAAGGAUCCAUUCUCCUGCUCAGCUACCUGGUUGUCAUCGUCGGCUUCUGGUUCUCCGGCAUGACGGAUAUGGAGAAUAUGGGUAUCAAUCGAUUUGACAUUAUUGAUGCAGGUGGUAGUUUCAAGACUAUUGGGAGAGGCCGGAAGGGACAUGCUUUCCAACAAUAG